AUGCACAACAAGGGGGAAAACCGCGCGCGCGGAAAAAGCAAGUUCGACAUCUUCGGUAAGUGGACCUCCGGGCGGACCACCACCCCCAUACAGAAAGAAGCACCCACCACGUGUCUCGUCGCUCCUGAAAACAGGUUGCUUCAUGUCAAUUAUCCUCAGAUAAACGAGUGAAUACGGAUGGAUGCGUACACUAUGUAGCAUUCAAGCACUCAUCAUGCAAGACUGCUAAAAAGCAGAUCCUUCUGAGUCCCUCUUGUAUUCCUACACAUUUCGUUACUAUUGCGAUCCAGCGACCACCAAGUGGACGGGCAUACUAGUCUAAUGGAACGCAGAGUAAUUAUGUUCCUACGAAUUUGGUAGUUGUAAAGUAGUCUAGCAUGUAACAUUUGGAGAUGAUAGACUCGACUGCGGCUGAACCAUUUCCCAACAAAUGCCAAGAACAUGAAUAUCGUGAUGUUGAAGUUCAAAACAGCUGCUGCUGGAGCUGCUGCCCAUGUACGGGACCACCACAUGCAAGUACUCUUCUUCCUGCGGGUUAUCAAACGCUCUCAGUACUCCUGGAAGGACGCCACGACUAGUGAGGGCUCAAGCAUCGGCAUGCUUCGCCAACUGACCUUUUAUUUGUCGGAGGGAGAGAAGGUACUGCGGUACUGUAGUGUAGUGCUGGCUGCUGUAGAUCUUGCUGGAGUGGGUGCACAUGCGUGCAUGUGUUUUCCGGGGGGGCACGCAGGCCGGAACAGUCCACACACAUCCACCUACAUCCAGAGUAGUGAGAUCCUUGCAUCCCGGGCCCCUUCUUAUGAAUCCAAAAUCUUUUUGAGUGGUGGGGGCGUUUGGUAGUUCUUGUGACCAUCUGCGGACGGAAUUUCCACGUGUCUGCGCCGAGUUCCGGUGAAUCCAGGCCUCAAGCGACCUCCCUCGGGCCCUGGACUAUAUAGACUACCUCUGCUGCUGUGUGACCCAGCCCACGAUUGGUUGAUUCACCGAGUGAGUUAGGGCCGUCACCCCAAAGAAGCCGACUCCUAUUCUCCUUCUCAUGUGGCGGCAGAGACAGGGGCAUGCAUCACUGAAAACAAGCUCGUCUUCAACGUACGAGUACCUACUUCGCGAACGUAUGCACAGAACCAACCUUCAGUGUGACCGCGGCUUGCGCGAAAAAAAAUAUCCGGUCGACUACAGCCAAUCUUUUUUUUUUAGAACUAAUGUGAGAAACAACAACAACAAAGCUGUGUAAAUCGACGAUCAGAACUCAUGGCAUUGCACCACGCCCUACCACCGAAGGCGCAUGUGGACUUUGGCUAUGGAUUUGGCUUUUAUAGAUGGAUCCCUGCUACUUCUAAAUGACACGGGAUCUACUCGCUCUCAAUGGACUGAAGCUAUGGGCGAAUAAAUGCACACCGUACGAUUUGAAGUAGUUGGUCUGUGGAUUCGAAAACAAAUGUUUGGGUUGCGGCGGCUGUGGCGUUUCUUCUGGAAUUUCACGUUUGGGUUCAAUUCAUCCCAACUCCUAUUAUAUAUUUAGUCUACGCUNCAAAAAAAAAAAAAAAGAACGCGCCAAAACCCGCCCAAAAUGAGAAAGCUGUCAAAACGAAUUAUGAUGAAGAAACUACCUCAUUCAAGGUCGACCAAAAAUGCCAGCUCGUUGAUUUUCACACUGAACCAAGAGCGGAGUGAUGAAUCGUCCGCCUCUCUCUCUCUCUCUCUGCCCGGUUGACUAUACCGUGCACAAAGGAAUCAAGGUCUAUAUCCUGUCCGUGUUACUCGGUGCCCAACACACUACACCCAAAGCAGACAUCCACACGCAGCAACAGUCUAUGAUGAUUCAAGGCCACAACGAGACCAGUUGCUUCAGAUUCUACAUGUCAAUCCACGCGACCAAUCAUAAACAUGUCCACCACAACAUCUUCGUUGGACACUAACGCCAUACAAACCGCGAGCUCAAACUUUCGGUUUAACGCACCGCCGAUUGCCGAAUAUAUGUUCUUGGAGGCUUGCCAGGAACCAGCACGAAUAGCACCAUCCUCCCGGGGGAAGCACCGCCAUAGCCGAAAAAAAUGUCGUAAUUUUGCCCAGGAACGAAUCGACGUAUUACCCUCAAAGAAGCGCCGACAAAAAAAAAACACCCUCUCAAGCUUUCCCAAAAAGAAAUCGAUAUAUUCUCCUCAAAGAAGCGCCGACAAAAAAAAA